UGAUAUAUUGAAUUUAUUAUUAGGAUAAAAAGAAUCUAGCGAGUUUCAACAAAAGAAAGUUUUGGCGAUAUAUAAUGAAUAAACCUGAAAUGGUUGAACCAUGAUUAAACCACAUUUUCAACAUAAAAUAUCCAACUAUUGACUUGUCCGAUAUAACUUUUGGUAUGAUUUUUAAUCCUUAUUAUUUACGCGUACAUAUUUUCUCCUGAGCCAAGGUGGGUCCCGGGACCCACCUUAAUAUGCACUGGCUCCGCCACUGCGAACACUCAUUUGUCCUGGACUCGACCUUGGGGUUAUAACCGGGAUUUGGUGGGUUCGGGGGUACUGUUAUGUACGGGAAAGUGUAUCCACGCCCCACAACGCUUAAAAUUAGUACUACUUAAAUCGAUAAGUUUUUAAAAUGUUGGGUGCAUUAUUUUUUGGGCUUUAUUAUUUAUUUAAUUAUAUGAUUCAAUUAAUUAUGUGUUUAGUAUUACAAUUCGAUCAUACGUCUAUUGACGUAAAUCUCGAACGUAAAUAAAUAGUUUUUGGUUAGUUGGACUCGAACUUAUUGGUUGCCUGCGUACCCGAGUACUCGAGAUUAAAGUCCAUGUAGUUCGGUUAAGUUGAGAGGUUUGAAAUGUUAAAGCUUGCACGUUAACUUGUUGAUAAAAUAUAUUAGUUGGACUUGAACCAAUUGGUUGCCUAGGUGCCCGAGUAGUCGGAAUCAAAGUCCACGUAGUUCGUUUGUUUUGAAUGGUUUUGAGAGAAAGAAGGAAAGCUAACACGUUCUAUUGAUCGUAUUAAAGGUUUGAUGUUGGGUGAUUUAAAAAGGUGAAGCAAAUUUUAUUUCUUUGAAAUUAUAAUUUGAAAGGUUGAUGAUUUUCGAAGGAACUUAACAAGAGAAUGUCAACAUGGUCUAUUGACCGUUGACAUUUCAUAUUAAGAAAUUUUAGGAAAAAUCACAUGUGUAGAAUUUUAUUUAAACAAAUGAAGUUAAUAAUUCUUACGAAAUGAGGUGCUUUAAUGGAUUUAUCGAGGUUACAAUGAAAUUCCACGAGACAAACGAAGUAAUUUAUCUUGCGUAAGUGUAAGUUACGUAUCCCGAUUCCAGAAUUCAGACCCCGUGUCUCGUCGCCCUCGCUUCUCAUCGACUGAAAAAAGGAAAAAAUCUCACUGUACACAGGUUCUUAAAAAAAAUUCCCAAAAUACAUGAGUUAUAAAAAAAAUUCCCAAAGUACACAUGUUUGAGCAUCACCGUUUUAGACAAAAGCGGUGAAGGUCAUCACCGCUUUUGACCAAAACGGUGAAUACUUCAUCGUCUUAAACAAAAACGGUGAAGUAUUCACCGUUUCAAACUAAAACGGUGAAGUUUUCACCGCGUUAAUUAACAACGGUGAACACAUCACCGUUUUGGUCAAAAACGGUGAACCCAUUCAUUGUUGUUAAGUAACGCGGUGAUCAUUUCCCACCCCUGGUAGGUCAAAAUUAGGUCGCAGCUACCACCUAUUCACCGUUUGAGACAAACGCGGUGAUGGUGUUCACCGUUUUCGACAAAAACGGUGAAUAGUAGGCAGAUUUUCCUAUAAAUUGCACACCACCAGCAGUUGUAAAAAUAUAACCACUCCCCUUUCUUCAAAUUUCAGCAGCCCAAAUCGAGCAUAAUACACAGAACAGAAAUUUUUCGGUAUGUUGAGACUUUUCGUAUUAUAGUCUAAUUAUGUUUUUAGUAGUUAUAGUAUGAUUUAAUUUUCGUAUUAUGUUGUUGUUAGUUAGUUGAACUUAUGUUCGUCAGUUAUAGUAUGAUUUAAUUUUCGUAUUAUGUUGUUGUUAGUUAGUUGAAUUUAUUUUCGUUAGUUAUGGUAUGAUUUAAUAUUAGUUGUACAAUAUGAUUUUGGUUAAUUUUACUGUCUUUAAGCUAAUAGAUACUUAUUGUAAAUUGUAGAUAUGGGUAAAUUCAAGAAGUUUCAUCUUACUAUUCGGUGGAAUGGAAGAGUGACAAACUCUGACAUAGGCAUUGAUUAUGAGGACGGCGAAUCCAUUAUGCUGAAAAUUGAUUCCCGAUUCAAUUUUCAAGAACUCUGUGAUCUUUGUGCAGAAAGGGUUUGUACGAGCGGACAGACGAGACUUGGCAAAAUUACUUACCGGUAUCCAGACAUGAGUGCUGGCGGGGUCGUGUUCCAAGAAGUUGUCAUAAACGAUGAUGACGCGGUUAUGAUGAUGUUACAGUUCCUAAGCGAUAACCAAGUCCGGCUUGCAGAGGUGUAUGUUGAGACCGAGGCGGUCGGUGAAUCUCAUUCUCACCAGUAUUCUUAUGAUGAUGGUUUUGCAGGAGGGUACGAAUGGGGUGGUAGUUCGAGCAACUACCAAGGCGGUGGUUAUUUAUGGGUUUCGGGACGCCAUCGUUCCGCCAUUGCCGUAAGCAGAUCGUUGUCGAUCUCGAUCCGCAAGAAAUGGCGCAACAUUCCCAAACCGGUCCUCGCUAUAUAGGGCUCCAACCUUGGAUGCCAAGCGGGCAAGUUAUUGGUCCCUUUAUGAACCACGGGAACAAGAGAUUCCUAAAAAAAAUAGGAAAAACAUCAAUUUAUUAGAUUAAAUAAAGCAAAAUAAAACAUUAGAAAAUAAUAAAAUAAAGCAAGUCAGUUCAUCAAAUUACCGGAUUGUUAUCCCAAAUGGCACGGGAGCGAUGAGCUUCUUGAUCGGUUAAGAGACUCGCAUCCCUUGGGCCAUAAUGGAUAUACAAUCGAGGAUCGUAUAUCUCGGCACCCAUCUAUAAAAAAGUAAUGAAAUCAGAGAUUGUUUUGAUAAAAAAAAUCAAAUUGUUUCGAUUAAAAAAAAUCACAAACCAAAAACCUACACGAAGAGCCUCUUCGUCCAUUAUUGGCGGAAGCCGGACAGAGGUUCGACGGGUUUAGGUUUGUAAGGGAAGGGAACUUAGCGGGACGGGGGCUUUAGGGUCAAACUCUUGUAAUUCUUUCUGAUGUGGAAGAUCGGACUUAGCCGCAACCACAGAGCAUACUUAGAACGAGACUAGAGCGGAUAAAUUGAGGGAGAAAGAAGUGAAAUGUUUGUGGGGUGAGUUGAAAGUGAAAGGGGAAGGGGGUAUUUAUAGUUGGGGGAAGGGGGGAGGAGCUGAUGCGCAGUUAUUAGGGGAGCAUUCACCUCGUUUGAGGAACGCGGUGAACUCCUCGCAUUAACCAAACACGGUUACUGCAAAGGUGACGUGGCGUGCUGUGAGGCGUCAGAUCGUGGGAAGAAAACCACGAUCCGCGCCUCACCGCAUCUAACGGCCACGGUGAAAGCACACUGGCGCGGAUCGCUGACGCAAACAAACACGGGGUAUUCACCGUGUUUGUCUAACGCGGUGAAUACCCCGUGUCUGUCCACGUCACCGACUUCACCGUGGCCUACAAAAACGGUGAAGUCCUCACCGUUUUUGAUUAAAACGGUGAUUUCUUCACCGUUUCAGUUUAAAGCGGUGAUGCAUUCACCGUUUUAGACUAAGACGGUGAAGGCAUCACCGUUUUACUUUAAAACGGUGAAGUAUUCACCGUGUUCGUCAAACGCGGUGAUGACCUUCACCGCUUUUGUCUAAAACGGUGAUGCUCAAACAUGUGUACUUUGGGGAAUUUUUUUAUAACUCAUGUAUUUUGGGAAUUUUUUUUAAGAACGUGUGUACAGUGGGAUUUUUUCCCUGAAAAAAGCCCUCCCCUGAAAUCACCGAUUCGACGAAGAGAGAAGAUUUGUUUUGCUCGUCGUUCCUCCCGUGAGAAUUCGAAGAUUCUGGGGAUCCAAUCUUUUCCGAUUUGCAGUUUCCGACUGGAAGAAUGGCCUGAUCUCCCGACUUGGCUUACGGCCUUCUGGUUUGGCGCGCUUUCAGAGAAUAGACUGAGGGAAAGAAGAACUCGCGGAAGACGAAGGCCUAUAUAGUACAGAAUGCCACAGAGGAAUGAGAUGUGGCGGGUGAAUCUACCGGUUAUGGAGGCAACCUUCAAAAGCACCGCCGGUUACCAUUCUGGGGCUGUGGCGGUUACUUUGGGUUUUGAUCAUGCAUGAGAGGGAAAGGAAGCAGCGGGAAAGCAACCUGCCCUGGCUACUAGGGCUGGCUAUUUGGUCCCGAACUAUUUGGUUUUACCCAAAACUGGAUCGUAUAACCCGGACCGGGACCGGACUGGGACCGGAUAGCAAACAAUGCAAUCUCAUAUUCGGGCUUAGAUUUGAGGUAAAAAACCGGAUAAAGACCAGAUAAGAGACCCCCAACACCUAAAAUCAAGAUAAAAUUGGGACCGGACA